AUGGCGAAAGGAAAUUUGUUUUCAUCAGUCAAGAAGGCUCUAGGCCUGCGUUCCAAGAGAUCAAGUAAAUCACAGAAGAUAUUGCUUGUGAAUGAAAUGCCAUCGGUUUCUGAUUUACCGAACCCAGAGCCUUUUGAGGCUAUUCCGGAGGUAGUUCCACUGCCAACAGUGGCUCGAGUUUCUGGAAAACACCAGGAGGAAGUUGCAGCACUCAAAAUUCAGACAGCAUUCGGUGGUUACUUGGAUUCUAGAUAUAGUCAUGCUUAUAUGCUGGCUUUGAUCUGGCUCUGUUGGUUUGUACCUGAUUUGUGGAUCUAUUAUCAAUGCCUCAUUGGCUAUACUUGGGCUGGCUAUUAUGUUCCUGAUUUUCAGGCGAGGAGGGCAUUGCGAGCUUUGAGAGGGCUAGUCAGAUUGAAGUCCCUUGUUGACGGAUCAGCAUCGGAACGGCAGACUUCAAGCACUCUGAAAUGUUUGCAGACUCUAUCUCGGUUGCAAUCUCAGAUCCAAAACAAGAAGAACCAGAAUAUGGCGGAGGAAUGGGAUGAUAGUCCACAAACGAAAGAGGAAACUGAGGCGAGCUUGCUCCAAAAAUACGAAGCUGCAAUGAGACGCGAAAGAGCUCUUGCUUAUUCCUACACUCACCAGCAAACUUGGAAGAAAUCAGCAAAAUUAAACAACUUAUUGUUCAUGGACCCAACAAAUCCUCACUGGGGCAGCACUGGAACUGCUGCAGGAGAAAUCACAAAGUCCUUUGCUCGCCAUCAGCUAAACUCUGAAAAUCCAUCUCCAGCAGCUACUCAGAAGCUGUCUCAUAGCCACCAGGCCACUGCCCUUCCGUCUCCAAGGGCUGUAUCUUCAUUGGCAGCACGAAAACUAAGAAAUGCCAGCCCAAAGGUGAGCAUGAUGAGUCAAGAGGAUGACUCGAGGAGUGUGUUCAGCGUUCAAUCAGAGAGGAAGGAGGAGGCAUAG